AUGGGUCCUCAGAUGAAGUUAUUCGCGGGGCCCCUGUCAGGCUGUGCCCGACCGACAUGCCUCUCGGGAUCGCUAGCUACUUUCUCCCUCGCCCGAUGCUUCUCUACCACGUCUCCUGCCCUUGAUUGGCUUACUCCGAAGUUCGCCGAAAAGUCCAAGUCUCCCAAGGGUCGCCCGCAUGUCGCUACCGGAGGCUCAACCCGCGGAACAACGGUCGUGUGGGGAGAUUUCGGACUCCGCAUGAAAGACCACGAUCGCCGGAUGCCUGCUUCAGCUCUCAAAAUUGCGGAGGAGACCAUCAAGCGCAGGCUGCGAGGCAUGAAUUACAAGCUUUACAAGCGGGUCGCUGCCAACAUCGGUGUGUACACCAAAGGCAACGAGCAACGUAUGGGUAAGGGUAAAGGUAAAUUCGAUUACUGGACGGUCCGACUGCCUGUCAGCCGUGUCGUCUUUGAACUGAAGGGUGAUAUUCACGAGAAAGUUGCCCGGGAGGCAUUCAGAUUGGCUGGCCACAAGCUGCCAGGUCUCUGGGAAUUUGUCAAAAAGGACGAUCCUCCCGUUGUUGGAAUUACGAAACUUGGUAACGGUGUCACUCUCGAGUCUCUCAAACGCGCACGCAGAAACCCGCCUUUGGGGACCAACGACCUCCAGAAUCCACCUUCAACCACCACCUCCGGCAUUUCCCCCUCCCAAUAA